UAUCUUAUUACUAUCUUUCUCUAGGGUAACAAUGGUGCUAAUUUCUGAGUACAGUGAGGAUGACAAAGCUAUGGAGUCGCAGAUCCUUAAGCCCUUGGCGACGGAAGGGCAGGAGAGUUUUUACUUGGAAAAGGGGCAACAUUCAGGCACCGUGCGUGUCAUAAAAUUAGAUGGGGCCAAUAUGUCAGACUCCCAAAAUCCCAUUAAGGUGGAGAACAUCACGGGGUGGGAGAUACAACCCUAUGUUCCAAAACCAGUAGUUGAGGGUGGUUUUUCUCAAGACAAUGGCCUCCUUGCUAAACUUCACAAAAUUCUCAAAGACGUGAUAUCUCAAUCCACGUCUUACUUGAGGAAACAGGCGGGAAAAAACGAGGAUGGGACCAACGACAAUGGUGCAGUUCAAGCUGUGCCCAUAUCGUACCAACCACCGGUACUGGAUUGUGCAAACAAAAAUCUUGCUAUCAACACGGCGACCCCGCUCAAAAAGCCGCGGGGUAGUACCAGUUUGGCUGGGGAGAUCUCAGUCUCGUUUAAGCUACCCAGUGAUUGUGACAUUAAUUUUGAAGAAGUGGACAAGAUCUUGUCCCCUCUUCCUCAAGGUGUGGAUCCGAAGGACUCUAAUACUCAGAAUGUGCGUCAGUUUUCUUUCGUUGAGAGGCUACAUGGAUGGAAAAUUAUACGAAGAAAACGCAGCAAUGGAAGAUUCGAUGUGUAUUAUCGUCAUGAAAAAUCAAACCGAACUUUCCGGUCGACCGUUGAGGUUGUCAAUUUUCUGCUUUAUGAGGUUUAUCCAGAUAAACCGAAGCCAAAAAAGGCCAGGCAAGCUGAAGCUGAAGCUGAUAAUUCGGCACAGAAAUCCGAACAAAAGAAAGAAAAACUGAAGAGGAAGAGGACCUCUCCAACAGCUGAAGGUGGUAGUAGUGUUAUAUCAAAGAAGAAGAAGGCGCGCUUGUCAUCUGAGGUUCGUGAAGAACACAAAACAAAGACAGUCGAAGUAAAAUACAUAGAGACAAUGGAGGAAUUGGUAGAUGAUGAUGGAUAUAUUGUGGAGCUCAUUAAUCCUUCCUAUGGUUACAACUUUUACCGCCGUACAUCCCCUGAAACUGAAGAGGAAAAAAGAAAUCGUCUAAUCGUUGAGGAAUGGCUGUACAUAGCCCAUCGCAAUCUUCUUAAUAUGUUCAACGGGGAACAAAAUGUGCCACAGGGAGAGGGAAAUAAUGAGAUGGAUGCGGAUGAGGAUUCUGACGUAGAAGAGAUCAUUUUUGCAGACCCACCCCCGGAUUCUGUUGCUGCCAAUCCUACACAAAAGCAAGAAAAUCCUGUAAAGCCAAAACAAGAAGAAAACAUUAGUGCAGCCCCACCCCCAGAUUCUGUUGCUGCCAUUCCUACACAGGAGCAAGCAUUUCCUGUAGUGCCAAAAGAUGCAGCCCCACCACCCCCAGAUUCUGUUGCUGCCAUUCCAACGCAAGAGCAAGAAAAUCCUGUGAACCAGCCAGCUAAUCCUGUGGAAAUGGUGCCAAACAAUCCUGCUAUGGUGGAAGCCAAUCCUGCUCUAGUGCAAGGCAAUGAUAUUCCUGUUCUAAUGGAGCGCGAUGAUGGUGGACCCUCAAGUUUCAUUGCUUCCUACAAUGAACAAUGUGCACUGAUCAACUUUAUACCGCGUGUUGAUGAAGCCUUUGAGGAUUUACAAGGGGAUUGGAGUUAUGUUGAGCCAAUAUUCUCGGGCUCUCUUUGAAGACAGGGAAGGAUUGUACAAUUCAAUUAUGAAUUUGUAUUUUCCAUUUAUCAUGCUAUAAUUUUGGGGC